AUGACCUCCGCUGAUGAGGAUGGCGGUAACGGCCGAUUCAACCUCGCCGACGAACUGCUCCUCCUCCAAGAUGAACCCUACAUUGUCCCACAGGAGGUCGCCGUCGACGAUCUCAAUGCUUCGGAACAGAUCUCCACUCUCGACGCGGCCAUCGACGCCAUCACUUCCAGCCCAGACAACAUCUCGAACCCCGACAUCUACGACCUCAUCCGCUCCUACCUCAAACAUUUCGCCAACCUCUGUCCCAAUGCUUGCAACAAGCUUCUCGAUGUAAUCGCCUCUGGCAUGUCCAGUGCUCUCGACGAGGCUCAACGCGAGCUCGAUGGCGACGACCCCAACGCCUACGCAUCUCACGCAGAGACGCUCGAGCGAUACGCCUUCCUCCUCCAAUGGCUCGUCUCGGUCGCAGAAAAGUACAGCGGCGCUCGUUCCGACGCUGCAGGUUCGGCGGCUGCAAUAGUAGCUGCCAGAGGAGGCGGACGUCGUGGUGCAGGUGCCAAGUCUGCAGCAGCAGCUGCUGCAGCUGCCGCUGCCAAGUCGAGCUCCGCAAAAGCGGACGCAUGGGCCUGGUCCAACUCGAUCCCCGCUGUGCUUACACUUAUGUCGAAAGCGGCUCGCGUACGCAGCGAGCGUAUGUGGACUGUUUCUGCUGCCCGCGACUCCUUCGUCUCUGGCUGCCUUUUGCGUCCUGCUCUUCUUCUGCAAGAAAACGAAUCGUAUCUCAAGAUCCAGUCCAUUAAGCUCGGCAUCUUCAAAGUCAUUUGCCAAGCCGUCAAGGCGCACGGUCAAGCCUUCAGCGCUCAAACCAGCAUCAUGCAGAGUUUGCAGUAUUACGAGCACCUCGCAGAGCCCAUGGCAGAGCUUCUGGCGCUCAUGCGUCUCGAAUUCGACUACGAGCGUCUCGGCGAAGACGUCCUCCGCGAAGUCGCCGCCAAAAACUUUGGUGCCAUGGACACGAAGAGUCCUCGUUCGUUUGGUCGCUUCCUCGUUCGCAUGGCUGAGCUCAGUCCGCGCAGCGUCCUCAAGCAGAUCAGCUUGCUGCAGAAGCAUCUCGACUCGGAAUCGUACCCCAUGAGGAAUGCGCUCAUCGAAACACUGGGCCUGCUUAUCAAGGAGCUUGCCCUCACCGACGACUCUCUCAACCCGGACGGCGCUGAUGCCGGCACGCAAGGCGAUGCUGCCUCCGACGAGAACCGUGGUAGUGCAGAAGCACGCAAGAAGCAGAUCGAGACCUUCUUCGACCUCCUCAUCGAGCGCUUCCUGGACCUCAACUCAUACGUCCGAUCCAAGCUUAUCACCGUCUGCGCCCGUCUGCUGGAUCUGCCUACCAAAUUCCCCAAACAGCGUACCGAGAUCACCGAAAUGGUCAUCCGCCACCUUGAAGAUAAGAGUAGCGGUGUGCGCAAGAACGCCAUCGCUCUCCUCACCAAGCUCAUCCUCACCCAUCCCUUUGGCAUGCUCCACGGCGGUGAGCUGUCGCUUCCGGAGUGGCAGGCGAGAUACGACCUCGUCUCUAAGGAGCUCGAGGAGACCGAGGGCUCGCUCAACCUUCCCGGUGAUCAGUCUGCUGUUCAAGAUGAAAGCGAACCCGAGACCUCUGACGAUGAGAUGGACGAGGACGAGGACGAAGAAGAAGACCAAGAUGGGGACGACACUGUCAUGCAGGAUGACGAGGACGAGGACGAGGACGACGAAGACGCCUCCCGUAGUCGUGGUCGCAAGUCUAAGGCCAAGCCGCUGAAGAGCAAGGCCAAAAAGGGUCGUCGUUCUGGUGUCGACCUCGAGGCUCUCGCUGCUGCGCAGGCCGAGAUGGAACCCGUCGACGCGGAAAAGGUCAUGUGUCUCCGUCUCACCAAACGCUACUACACCGACGCCAUCGCCUUUAUCACCCAGAUCGAGACGGCCAUGCCUAACUUGACACUCUUGCUCGCGUCCACCAACAAGGCUGAGGUGCUCGAGAGCAUGGAGUUCUUCCGCGUCGCUUACGAGUACAAGCUCUCGGGCGCUGCUGCCGGUGUGCGCAAGAUGGUCCAUCUUAUCUGGACCAAGGACAACACUCUCGUCAUGGAGGACGGCAGUCAGCUCAAAGGCGUCCGUUCGCGACUCAUCGAGGUCUACCGUGCCCUCUACUUUGACGCCCGCGCCGAUCUCAGCGGUAAAGAAAAUGUGGUUCGCAUCGCGAAAAACAUGAUCGAGCGCACUUUUGGCGCCACGCUCGCCGAGCUCACCUCGUUGGAAGAGAUGCUCAAGACCAUGCAGAUCGAGAACUACGUCCACCCGGAGGUUGUCAACAAGCUCUGGGCCGUCUACUCGGCUCCUCGUGCCAUCUCGGCUGCACAACGUCGAGGUGCCAUCAUCGUUCUGGGCAUGCUCGCCACUGCUAGGCGUGAGAUCAUCUCGGAGCAGAUCGACACUCUUCUCCGUGUCGGUCUCGGUCCGUUGGGUGCGCGCGAUGUGGUGCUCGCCAAAUACACCUGCGUUGCUCUUCAACGCGUAGGCGGUAACGUCAAGAAGGUCAAAGGUGCGCUCAGCGACGAGAGCGUGCGCUACCCUAUGACGCAUCCGCUCUUUGGCCGUCUUCGUGCGGCCAUCCAGAUGUCUGGGGAUGUGCUCAAAGGCAACAGUCGCGCCGAGUGGUUCAGCUUGGCCGAAAAUGCCAUCAACACCAUCUACCUUCUCGGAGAGCAGCCCGACGCGCUGUGCAGCGACAUUAUUCGCAGCAUGACCUCGCGUGUCUUUGGAGGCAAAGCACGAGCGCGGCAAGAUGCCGACGAUGCGGCGAGCGAUGUGUCGAUGCCUGAUGCUACCCAGGAUGGUGCAUCGAACUCGGAUGCCCCUGUUAUGGGCGACGCUCUCCAACUUGCGCAGUUGCUGUUCAUCGUUGGUCACGUGGCGCUCAAGCAUAUCGUCUAUCUCGAACUGGUUGAGCGAGAGUACAAGCGACGCAAGGCAGAGGCGGACAAGGAGAAAGCAGUCGCAAAGGCAGUUUCCGAGGGCAAGGCGAGUCGGGCUGCUGCCGCCGCUGCCGCAGUGGAAGAAUUGGACCAAGUCGCCGGCAACGCCGAGGACGAGAUCGGUGAAGUAAUUGCCAGCGUCCGCGAGAAGGAGUUGCUGUACGGCAGUCGGAGUGUGCUGGCCAUGUUUGGUCCCAUCAUCACGCACAUCUGCAGCAACCCCAAAUCGUAUCCGAACGAGCUUGUGCGCCGCGCUGCCGUGCUGACGCUUUGCAAGUUCAUGUGCGUCUCGUCGACAUUCUGCGAAGCGAAUCUUGCAUUGCUGCUCCACAUCCUUACCACAUCGAAGGAUGCUGUGAUCCGCAGCAACGUCGUCAUCGCACUCGGUGACAUUGCCGUCUGCUUUGGAUCGCUUGUCGACGAGAACUCGGACCGGCUCUACGCUGGAUUGGGCGAUUCGGAUCUGUCGGUCAAGAAGCAUACGCUCAUGGUGCUCACGCAUCUGAUCCUCAACGGUAUGAUCAAGGUCAAAGGUCAGCUCGGAGAAAUGGCCAAGUGUCUCGAAGACGAGGAGCCUCGCGUGUCGGACCUGGCCAAGCUCUUCUUUUCGGAACUGGCGACCAAGGAGAACGCGGUGUACAACAACUUGCCGGACAUUAUCUCGCAUCUGUCGAUCGGCAAGCAUGCUGUCGACGAAGAGACGUUUGCGCGCACCAUGAAGUUCAUUUUCACUUUCAUCGACAAGGAGAAGCAGGCCGAAAACGUGGUGGAGAAGCUCUGCCAGCGGUUCAGGCUGACCAACUCCGAGAGGCAAUGGCGCGACAUUGCCUUCUGUCUCUCGCUGCUGCCGUACAAGAGCGAAAGGUCGGUCAAGAAGCUUAUUGAAGGCUUGCCCUUCUACCAGGACAAGCUGUAUCAUGCCGAAGUGUUCAAGCGCUUCCAAGAGAUUCUGGCCAAGGCGCGUGCCAACAAGACGAACGCUUCCGGGGCCGGUGGUGGUCGAGGCGGCGGAGGAGCGGGUGCGGCUGGAGGCAGUGCCGAGGGUGCAGGCGACCUGCGCGAGUUUGAAGAGAUCUUGGCACAGGCUGCGGCCAAGGGCGAGCAGGACGAGGCUUUUGAAGGGGCUGCGCAGGCUAAGGUGGCGAAGCUGACGAGAGCGAGAGGGAAAGGCAAGACGAGCGGUGCUGCGGCGGCGGCGGGCGCGACGAAGAGGAGCACAAGAGGGAGCAGGAGGGUGUCGGUUGCUAGUGAGGCGUGA